AUGUCAGCAAACCAAGAUCCAACAUCAAUCCCAUUUGAAGCACUUCCCCUGGAUCCUAAUGGACCUCCAGGGAAUGCAUGGGGACGAUUCGGCCCUAAUGAUGAAUUGGGCACUUUGAAUUUGUUGACACCAGAGGUGAUUGUUGAGGCUGCUAAGGAAAUCAAAACGGGUGUUCGCAUCUCAAUUGACUGGUUGCUUAGCAUGCCUUCUUUUCCAAGCUUCAACCGCAACCCCUUCAAACAAGAGCUUGUACUUCGACAUCCAAACUGUGUUUUCGAUGAUAUCUUGACUUUCAAUAGUCAAGGCUCAUCUCAGUGGGAUGGAUUCAGACAUUAUGCUAAUCAGAAGGCGCGAAAGUUUUACAAUGGACACACAACAGAAGAAAUUGAGAGUUCAGAUGUGAUAGGUCUUCAUACUGUUGUUGAACACGGUGGUAUGACGGGUCGUGGUGUUUUAUUGGAUUUCGCCGACUGGGCUUCAACCAACUCCAUAUCGGUGUCAGCUCUAGAGUCCGAGGCUAUUACCCUGGAACAAAUCAAACAAGUUGUGAUCGACCACAAACUUGAGUUCAGAAAAGGAGACAUUUUAUUGAUCCGCAGUGGAUUUACUGCAGCUUACAAUGAGUUGACUGAGCAACAACGCAGAGACAUGCCCAAUCGGCCCUCCCCAGAUUUCAAUGGCGUCGAGGCAACCGAGGGUAUGCUGCGAUGGCUCUGGGAACACCAGUUCGCAGCUGUGGGCGGAGAUGCCCCGAGCUUUGAACGAGCUCCGAUCCGCGGCAGUCAUGCGGAUCCAAAUUUCAAUCUCCACGAAUGGGUCUUAGCGGGAUGGGGCACACCAAUCGGGGAGAUGUUUGAUUUAGAGAAGCUCUCUGCUCACUGUAAGACUACAGGGAGAUAUAGUUUUUUCUUGUCCAGUAUGCCACUUAAGGUUGCUGGUGGCGUCGCGAGUCCACCAAAUGCAUUUGCCAUUUUUUAA